GUCUCAUCGUUUUGGUGCGUUCAGUCAGUGCAAUGGCGAGGAUUAUGCCGUUGAAGAACGUUAUUUACACGUGAAUAAGUGCCACAAAAAGACGGAUUUUAUUUUAUUGUUAAAAAAAUGACUAUUUGGCAAUCGGUUCCAGACGAAAAUAGUUACGGCGUCGCAAUCUAUAAUUUUAAUGGAGAUGGGGAAAAAAUGUGUUUAAAAUGCGGCGACGCCGUGCAUUUAUUCGAAGAAUGCAACGAAUGGUAUCGCGGUUGCCUCGUGUACGAUCGAAAGGUAGUCGGAGUCUUUCCAAAGAGUUACAUCCAUCUGAUCGAGUGCGAAAUCGAUCGGAGUUACAGCGAUUUAAUAGAAAGUAUCGAUGAUAUCCCAACGGUGCCGAUAUUUAUUUUAAAACAACCCCCGAUUGUACAAGAAAUAACGAUGGUUUUACGGGAAUGGGAGACCCAUUGGAAAAAACUUUACGUUACGCAUAAUGAUAAUUUCGAAAAAAUCCAAAAACAAAUUUACGAAUUAAUUAAGCAUCGGAGUAAAAUAGUUAGUGGGACUUUACCCAUGGAUGAAUUAAGAAAAAUUACUAAACAAGUCGCUACCGAAAUCGAUAUGGGAAAUAAAUUACUAGAAUUAGAUAUGGUUGUAAGGGAUAAAAAUGGAAAUAUUAUUAACCCUGAAAAAACGAGCACAACUGAACUUUAUUAUCACCAUAAGAAUUCAACAGAUCGGAUGAAUUCAUCAAAAGAUGAAUAUAGUACAAACAUAACAAAGUCUUCAGCAGCACAAAUCUCUCAUAUUUUUAUAGUUUCCGUAAAAAAUUUUACCUGCAAAAUGACGGAGGACGCCGAACUCUUAAUGACACUUUACGAUGCUAAAGAAAAUAAGGCUAUAACAGAAAAUUACGUCGUACGGUGGUCAAAAGAUGGUUUAAUGAGUGAUAUCGAUCAAAUGUAUAAUUUAAGAGUUAUGUUUACGGAUUUAGGUAGAAAAGAUUUAGAACGUGAGAAAAUCUAUUUUGUUUGUUACGUUGUACGAAUAGGUGCUAUGGAAGUAAAAGAACCUGACCGCAGAAGUUCGCAACAAAGUAUUCCGGUUACUCGAAAAAAUCCUUUCGAAAUGCGUAGACCUUUCGGGGUAGCUGCCAAAGAUAUAACAAAAUAUAUGAGCGGAACGUUAGAAUGCGAUUUAGACCAAGAACAUUCAAUCCCGUUUUACAAUUGCGAACGUGACAAUUUAGAACAAACUUUACGUAAGAUAAUAAAUAAAGACACGAAAAACGAGUACAAACAACCGUGUUUAUUUGUCAGUUAUAAACUGUUACACGGUGACGUGAAACAAGUACGAGAAGAAAAUCCACAUUUGGUGUUAGGAACUGUUGCUGUAGCAAGAAAAAUGGGAUUUCCUGAAGUCAUUUUACCCGGUGAUGUUCGAAAUGAUUUGUAUUUAACGAUUGUUUCCGGGGAUUUUCCUAAGGGUAAUAAAUCGAGAGACAAAAACGUUGAGGUCACGGUUAUAGUUUGUAAUGAAAAAGGAAAACCAAUUCCGGGUGUUAUUUUUUCCGGUGGUGGAAUUCCGGCUUUAGAUCAAUACCAAUCGGUUGUUUAUUACCAUGAAGAUAAACCACAAUGGCUGGAAACAUUUAAAGUCGCUAUACCAAUAGACGAAUUUAAAACUAGUCAUUUAAAAUUUACUUUUAAACAUCGAUCAUCAACCGAAUCUAAAGAUCGCACUGAGAAACCGUUCGGAUUAUCUUAUGUAAAAUUAAUGCAAAAUGAAGGUACAACUUUACGUGAUAAUAAACAUAACCUAGUCGUUUAUAAGGUCGAUCAAAAAAAGUAUGAAAAUAUUAAAGAUUCCAUAGAUUACCUUCAGUUACCUUCAACAAAAGAAGAAUUAGAUUUAUCAAAUAAUAAAUCACCAAGUGUUACUGGUUUAUCUUUUAGCCCUAAAGAAAGUUUUAUUAUUUCAAGUAAUAUUUGUUCCACCAAGUUAACACAAAAUGUUGAUUUAUUGGGGUUAUUAAACUGGGUUAGCCAUAAAAAUAGUUUAAGAUCAUGUUUGCAAAGUUUAAAAGAAGUUAUUUUAAAAAAUGGUGAAGAAGUAGUUAAGUUUUUUCAGGACAUUCUCGACGCUCUCUUCGACAUUUUAAUGGAUAACACGGAAACAGAUGAAUAUGAUGAGCUAGUUUUUCAAUGUUUAUUAUCAGUAAUUGGUUUGGUGAGUAAUGAUUGGAAAUAUGCUCAUUUUGAACCCGUUUUGGAUCUUUAUAUUAAAGAAAGUUUUAGUGCCACUUUAGCUUAUAAAAAAUUAAUGGGUGUUAUUCAAACGUAUAUAAAAAAUACUUUGGAUAAAAAUGAAGAACAAAAAGCUUUAUUAUUCAAAACGAUGCGUUCAUUACAGUACAUAGUUAGGUUCAUUGUUCGUUCAAGACUCUUGUACAUCAAAUUGAACCCAGAUUUGAGCGAGGAAGACGAUUUUGAGUCAAUCCUUCGCGAUCUUCUUGAUAGUAUCAUUAGUCUGAUGAAUGAAGCUUCCAACUCUGUGCUGAAAGAGCAAGGCGCGUGUUUAAAAUAUUUGCCAAGUACAACGCCUGAUAUCUUACAAGUUUAUGAACCAAGGAAAUUAAGUAUUUUUUAUUGUAACUUACUUAAUACUAUCCCAAACAACAAGUUGACAAAACAGAAGAUGAUGACCAUCAAUGAGCUGGUUCAUAGUCAAUUGUUCCAAUAUCCCGAAUGUAGACGUGUACUUACACCGUAUAUUACAAAACAAAUUAAGAAAUUGAUUGAACUUACAGAGGAGGGUCAGGCAAUUCCAGGACAGGAUCGGAUGAACAAGACUUCGUUAGCCAAAGUAGCUCGCGUGCUGGGAGAGACUGAAACGGAUAUUAACCAGCAUAAGGGAUAUUCCGAAGAGGUGAACUUCGAUAGAACUUCACAGGUGGAAUUGUGUAUAAAAAUUCUUAGCGAUAUGUUGAAUUUGCUUUUCCAUGAUAAGUCUCAUUCUACUUACGAUGAUAUAAAGGAAAUUAUUACCGUGGAUUUGCAUUUGGUUGUUCAAACUCUGAUUAAAAUGAAUCGACAAAAUCCUCACUUGGGAAAUUUAGCAGCAGUAAUGUUAGAUAUUUUCCGUCAAAUGACUGAAAAACAUUACGAUCAAUACAUAAAGCAAUUAACUGAAACGAUCCAUAAACGUGAAUUUCUCUCCGAAAUUUUAAUAGUAUUCAAAGAACUAGUCAAUCAAUCCGUUUUCCCAGUAGAUUGGUCUGAAAUGAUUAUGCUACAAAAUCACAUAAUAUUAAAAGCUUUACGUUUCUGUUCGCGCACGAUCAAAGAAUAUUUUUUCGAAAAUUUCGACCAACAAUCUUGGAGUAACUUUUUCCACAGCGCAAUCGCUUUCAUGACUCAACCGGCUUUACAAUUAGAAAAUUUCUCGGCGAACAAACGGCUUCGCGUUUUAAGACGUUACAAAGAUAUGCGAAGAGAAAUGGGAUUUGAAGUAAAAGCGAUGUGGUUUAAUUUGGGAAAAUACAAAUUAAAAUUUGUGCCAAAUUUAGUUGGACUCAUUUUAGAAAUGACUUUAAUACCGGAGGUAGAACUUCGCAAAGCGACCAUUCCGAUAUUUUUUGAUAUGAUGCAAUGCGAAUUUUAUUCGUCAAAGCGUUUAUUUGAAAGUUUUGGGAAUACCAAACGAGAUUCAUCCGAUAUUAAAGGAAACUUUAAUGAUUUUGAAAACGAAAUGAUUUUGAAACUGGAUGCUUUGGUUGAAGGUGGUAGCGGUGAUGACAAUUAUAAGGAUUUGUUUUUUGAAAUUAUGUACGAUAAAUGUUCGAAUCAUACAUCGUUAAAAGACGGGGUUCGAUUCGUUGAAAUGAUUAAAAGAUUGAUGGAGAGGUUGUUGCAGUAUAGACACGUUGUUAAUGAUGAAAAUAAAGAGAAUUGGAUGAGUUGUACCGUAGAUUUAUUAGAUUUUUAUUCUGAAAUUAAAAGAAAAGAAAUGUAUAUUCGGUAUGUGUAUAAACUGUGUGAUUUGCAUAAAGAAUGUAUGAAUUUCACCGAAGCUGCUUUUACUUUGCAAUUGCACACGAAAUUAUUAGAGUGGUCAACUGAUCCUUUAUCGCCACUUUUAAGAAUUGAUAGAGAUAAAUAUCGAUCAGCCAAAAAUCAUAGGGAAUUAAAAGAAAUUUUAUAUCAAGAAAUGAUUGAAUAUUUUAGUAAAGGAAAUAUGUGGGAAUGUGCUUUGGAGAAAUGUCAAGAAUUGGUGAAACAGUAUGAAGAGGAAACGUUCGAUUACGAGCAACUUUGUUCAUUGCAUAAACAAAUGGCGGAAUUUUAUAGUAAUAUUAUGAAGAAUUAUAUUAAGAGACCAUCACCGGAAUAUUUUCGUGUCGGUUAUUUCGGGCAAGGAUUUCCCAAUUUUAUAAGAAACAAAGUUUUUAUUUAUCGUGGAAAAGACUAUGAAAGAAUUUCCGAGUUUAGUGCGAGAAUACUAAACAUAUUUCCUAAUGCUACUAGUUUUAAUAAAUUAACACCUCCUGGUGAUGAUAUAAAAGAAUCUAAUGGCCAAUAUAUUCAAAUAAACAAAGUUGAUCCAGUAAUGGAUGAUAAAAACCACAGAUUUUCCGGAAAACCGGUUGCCGAACAAAUCGUCGCUUAUCACAAAUUCAACCACAUUCAAAAAUUUAGUUUUUCAAGACCGGUAUCAAAGAAACCACAAAAUCAAGAAAACAAUAACGAAUUUGCUAAUUUAUGGCUAGAACGAACAAUUUUAUACACGUCAUAUUCGCUUCCGGGUAUCUUACUCUGGUUUCCUGUGGUCUCUUCUAAUACAUACGAGAUUUCACCACUUCAAAACGCCAUUGAAACGAUGGAAAAAUCAAAUAAAGAUCUUAGAAAUUUGAUUUUACAAUAUAAUCGAGAUCCGAAUGUUUCAGUGAAAGGGUUAAGUUUAAAAAUUAAUGGAAUCGUCGAUCCGGCCGUUAUGGGAGGCAUUAUGAAUUAUGAAGAAGCCUUCUUUAACGACGAUUAUAUUCAAAAUAAUCCUGAUGACCAUACUUUGAUACAAAAAUUAAAAGAUUUGAUCGCCGAACAAAUUCCGUUGUUAGAACUUUGCAUUGAAAUUCAUGGCGCUCGAGUUGAACCGUCUUUAAGGGCUUUACAUCAGCGGAUUGAGAAAUGUUUUGCUGAUAUGAAGGACGAUGUUAUUGAAAAAUAUGGAAAAAAGACUUCUGAUUUAAAAAUUGAAGUCACCAUAAGACGACAUCAUAGUGUUUGUGUGGAAUCCAAAUCAGAUUUCGCAAAUGAGAAACCCCAGAUGCCGCGUGCAACACAAAUCCCAGCAUUAAAAAAUUUCACGCAGUUUAAUUUUAAUGCAAACAAUCCUACAUUAUCCAGCAAAACAUCUUCGUUAAGUGGCAGCAAAACAAGCAUCUUAUCACCGUCAAGAAAUUCCAAUAACUUAACCAUGUCGAAAAAACGAAAUAAAACUCCAAAAGAAAAACGCAAAUCGAAUAAAGUUGAGAGCAUUAACAGUCCGAGUAUUAUAAUUGGUUCAUCACAAUGGUAUGCUGACAGUGAAAUUAUUUCAACAACUAAUGGAACAACAACGCCUGUUAUUGAAUUAACUCAAGAUUUGACACCAAAACGGCCGUUGAGAUCGGAAGUUGAAAAAGAAAAACGAUUAAGUCGGCCUAAUAGUGGUCAAUAUUCGCGACCAUCAAGUACAUCACUUACAAUUCCUGUGAAUAGUUCAGGAAAUAGUAGUAAUAGGGAUUCUUUAGGAACAACAGAUUCAAGUAUUAGUGAAGAAGACUUAAUUCCACCUCCAUUACCAGCGAAAUUAAAAGAAGUAGAUUACCAAAAUUUGCCAUCAGAAAACGUUAGUUUUCUUCAUUCAAAUAGAAAUUCGUUUAGGUAUACGAACACAACCCCAGUUCCCGAUUUGGAACCCAUGGAAAUGGAACCUCCACCAACACCGCCACCGAAACCGCCCAAAAAGAAGAAACAAUAAAUUGUUGUAAAAAGUAUUAAAUUUAGUAUUUGUGUAUCUUAAUUUUUUUCGUUGUGUAUUUAAUGAUAUUGUAAUUUGUACUUUAAUGAUGUAAUUGUAAUUUUGUAGUUAUUUUUUAGGAUAGCUUUUUUUUCUUGAAUUAUUGAAAAAGUACGAAAGUAAAGGUGCUAUAUUGUAAAAAUUCGUAGAUAAAUUAAUAUGUGAGUCGUUACCAAAUGUGCCAUUAAAAUGCAGGUGUAUGUACACAAUAUCGAACUUUAUUAAUUCUAGAAUUAUUAAGACUUAUUAAUUAUUAGUGGGUAGAUUAAAAAUUUUUUUUUAAACCAAAGAAUUAUAAAACUUAACAAUUAAUAAAGUA